AUUAAAAAGAAAAUUGUGAAGCGAGCAACCCAAUCAGCUAAUGUCUUCGCUGCCAUUUUAUAUUAUAUCAAAUUGAGAAAUAUUAAUUUUCCAAAAGCAAAAUGCCCGAGAUCAUCAAAUCGGCCGCCGACAUCAAAACAGCACCUUUCGACCCGCGGUUCCCUAACCAGAACCAGACAAGACAUUGCUACCAGAGCUACCUAGAUUUCUACCGUUGCCAGAAGGUACGCGGCGAGAAGUACGAGCCAUGCAACUACUUCAAGAGGGCAUUUAAGUCCCUCUGUCCCAACGAGUGGAUUGACAAAUGGGACACCCAACGCGAAUCGGGCACAUUCCCGGGCAGAAUUUAAGCUGUACCAUAGCAAAUGUUAAUUUAUGCAAGUCUAAUUUUAUUUUAAACUAGUAUUGUGCGUGAUAUAGGCAAUAUAAUGAGUUGAUUACCA